AUGGGGAACAAAGAAAACCCCAAAGAGAUGCGACCAAAUGUCCGCUACGGAAACACCAUUCUACUGUUAAUGAUAGAUAAGAACCUCUCCAUUGGCAAAGGAUUUUGCUUGCAAUGUGAAUACUGCAGAAGUAACAGUAACUCCUGCAAUGGGGUCCCACAAACAUGUUCAGAGGAUGAAACUGCCUGCAUCAUCCUUACCAUGGAGCUCAGAAAAGGGACAGAGGUGACUGUGGCUACCUAUAAAGGAUGCACCAGACCCAGCUACUGCGCUGCCUCCCCCAUGAGUAUCCGAGUUCCUUCCUAUCAUCAACGGAGAGCCAACAAGUGUUGCCGGAAUGAUCUUUGCAACUCAGGAGCAGUGGAAUUGCCGCCCCUACGGCUCAACCUGAACAGAAGGCAGUGUCCCGGGUGCUUGUCGUCGGAUCCGAAAUGCCUACCCACGGAGAUCAUCAACUGCCGAGGCUGGGAAGUCUUUUGCGUCUUCUACGAAGUGAGGACCGAUGACGGUGGCACCGUCACCUCUGUUUCAAAAGGGGGCUGUGGAAACAAAGAAGCAUGCAUGCACGAGCCAAACAUCAUCGGAAUUCCUGGGCUGUUUCUGGAGACUGUCAGGAAGACGGAGUGCACUCACGCUCCCAUGCUGCGUCUCAAUUAG